GGUGCUUCCCCAUUUUCGGUAGGAAAAUCCACGCCCACUAUCGACAUUAAUUUGUUCCAUGCCUCCACCGGCCAUGUCAACGAAUUCUUGAUGCGUGAAACGGCCAAGCAGCAGGGCGUACGAUUGGUGGGGGAGAUGCAGCCGUGUGUGGGCUGCGUGGAAGCGAAGGGUAGGCGGGCCCCGGUGCCGCGGCGUGGCACCCGCGCGGCGGUACCGUUCGGCAAAAUCCACAUCGACCUCACGGGCCCGUUCUCUGACGCGUUGGACGGCUCCCGGUAUCUGAUCAUGUUCGUGGACAGCGCAUCGCGGUGGCAACGGGGGUACGGGAUGCGGGCCAAGAGCGACACCCUGAAGUUCGUGCAGCGGUUUCUCGCCGACAUGAACGGCAUGGGCACUCCGGGGUGUUUCCGCAUGGACAACGGCGGCGAGUUCACCGGCUCCGCGUUCACCUCGUUCUGCGACGCUGCUGGCAUUCGGCGCGAGUACACCGCCCCCGACACCCCCAAGCAAAACGCGGUGGUCGAGAGCGCCAUUUGGCGCGCCAUGAAGGGGGGCCACGCCGCUCGCCGCCACAUCCUCGCCAUGGGCCACGUCGACCUCUCCUCCGUCCCCAACGUCGGCGUCAACGGACAUCGCCUGUGGCUCGCGUCGGCGCUGUGGGCAUCCGCCUGCUUCAACCGCUCGGCGACGAAGGCCAACCUGGGCUGAAUGUCUCCGUUUGAGGCGUUCUUCGACCGGAAACCGCCCCUCACCGUCGUCCCUUUUUUCCAGGAGGGGAUGAUGCGCGUGAAGCGGGCUACCAAGGCGGACGUCCAAUCCGCGCGGUGCUUCUACUUGCACGGCGCCAACAACCACUCGACGUCUACCGC